AUGUACACAGAAAGAAACAGUUCAUACAAUUCCGCCCCGUUGUGUACGUUCAACGCUCCGUUAUUUCUUCGCUAUGUUGGUACAUCUGUCGUUGUUUUGGGUUUACUUGGGAAUUUCCUGUCAAUCUUAGUUUUCAGUCGCAAAACACUACGUUCUCGUUCAUGUUCUAUCUACUUUCUAGCCCUAAGUGUCAGCGAUGUUCAUGUGUUACUAGGCUAUACGAUUGAAACUCUUCUUUCUUAUGGUUUCAAUAGUCAAUUAUUGUCAUAUCCAUUGAUGUGUAAAUUGAUUAUUUUCCUUAUUUAUGCAUCAACGGAUGUUUCAAAUUACCUUCUGACAUUGGCCGCCAUUGAUCGUUGUAUUCUCGUAUCGAACUAUUCUGUGCGCUUUCGUUUCUGCCGAAAAUCAACAGCAAAACUGGCUGUCUUAAUCGUUGUUCUCGUAUUUAGUUUAAUUAACAGCCACAUCCUGAUCGGUUUUCAUGUCGAUGAAACCGGUUCAUGUGUAACAAUGAACACCACCUACAGUUCAUUCUACACUAAUUAUUAUGAUUCAUACAUCGACAUCGUUAAAACUGUUCUUUUACCGUUUCUCAUUAUAUUUAUCUGUAAUAUAUUUAUUAUCUUUAAGUACACCCGACGAAUACACUUCUCGAUGGCUAAAAUCUCAUCGAAACGAAAAAGUCGUCGACGACGUGAAAAGGAUCGUCAGUUAACCUGGUUUCUACUAUCAACAUCGAUUUUAUUCGUAAUUCUAUCCUUACCGUCGGAAAUCAAUGAUUUCAUUCGUCCAUAUCUGAGUUCGAAUUUUCAAAUCGUCUACUUCUGUCAAAUCCGGGCAUGCGCGACCAUGCUUAUCCUGAUACAUCAGAUAAAUCAUGCAUCACAUUUCUAUGUUUAUACAUUAACGGGACCAAUAUUUCGAAAAGAAUUUCAGAGAUUGAUCUGCUUAUCUCCAAAACAACCGAGAAAAAAAGAUUUUCUGGUCCAUUUACAACAACCGUCGUUAACAUUGAAUGUUUCACCGCAGUACGAUUUGGAUACUCAUCAAAUAAAUAAUUCGCGCAUUCCACAUAGUAGUAAUUCAUCUGCAUAUGUAAGUUUUCAAGCUAGUAUUUGA